GCUGUGGUAUCAGCUCACUUUCAUCUUGUCCUGUUUCUGGGACUUACUACAUGGAAGAUCAUGAGGAAGGACUUGGUUUUCUCCAAAGUUCUAUUUUCUGUUAUAAGAAGGUAGAAAUGAUAUGACCUGUCUUACAGAGUUUUUGUGAUGAUUAACUGAAUUAGCUCAUAGAAUGUAUUAUCACAGUUCUUGUUUUGUAAAAAAUGCCCAACAAAUGUUUAGUGGGAUGAUGAGCAUAAUGAAGAUGAUGGUGAUCUCUCUUUUAAUGUCAUGAUUGGGAAUAACAGUUUUUUUAAAAAAAGACUACGAUAGAGAUAAUCAAGAAUAAUAACUUGAAUAAUUUUCCUUUUAGGGAAGGAUGUUCCAGUCUCUCAGAAAUUCUAACAGCUCUAAGUUCCAGCUCUCUGAGUUCAUCCUGAUGGGAUUCCCAGGUAUUCAUGAGUGGCAGCACUGGCUCUCCCUGCCCUUGGCUCUGAUCUACCUCUUAGCUCUUGGUGCCAAUAUCCUUAUUCUGAUCACCAUCAACCAAGAGAAUACACUGCACCAGCCUAUGUACUAUUUUCUUUGUGUCUUGGCUGUGGUGGACAUGGGCUUGGCUACCACCAUCAUGCCCAAGACUUUGGCCAUCUUGUGGUUCAAUGCUAAGGCCAUCAGUCUCCCUGAGUGCUUUUCUCAGAUGUAUGUCAUACAUUGUUUUGUGGGCAUGGAGUCAGGCAUCUUCCUGUGUAUGGCUAUUGAUAGAUAUGUAGCCAUUUGCCAACCUUUACGAUAUCCAUCAAUAAUUACUGAAUCUUUUGUGGUCAAAGCAACUGUAUUAAUGGUACUGAGAAAUAGCCUGUUAACCAUUCCAGUGCCAGUGUUGGCUGCUCAGAGAUACUACUGCUCCCAGAAUCAAAUUGAGCAUUGUCUGUGCUCUAACCUUGGAGUGACUAGCCUCUCCUGUGAUGACAGGACAAUCAACAGCAUGUACCAGCUACUUCUGGCUUGGACAUUCAUGGGAAGUGACCUGGGUAUGAUUAUUUUAUCAUACGCUUUGAUACUGCAGUCUGUGCUAAGGUUGAAUUUAGCAGAAGCUACCUCUAAGGCCCUGAGCACCUGCACUUCCCAUCUCAUUCUAAUUCUUUUCUUCUACACGACUGUUGUUGUCAUUUCCAUCACUCACAGUGCAGCAAUGACAGUUCCCCUCUUCCCAGUUCUACUCAAUGUGUUACACAAUGUCAUUCCUCCCGCCCUCAACCCUAUGGUCUAUGCACUCAAGAACAAGGAGCUCAGGCAGGGCUUGGGCAAGGUACUUAGACUGGGCAUCAAGAACAGCUAAUUUGAUGAUGGUGCUCAUGGUUGUUAAUUUCUCCAUAUACUUGCCAAUAUAUUCUCUGAAGAUUUCCAAAUGGCAGAAGAGAUAAGGAAAACGGACAAUAUUCCAGAUUUUCAUUAAUAUAAGGAAUCAGUGGCAACUACUGAAAUUUAAAAAAGGGGGAAGGGAUCACUAAUAUUUGAAAUCUUUGUAAGUCAAGCAAAAAUCUUAAUAAAAUAGAGGAAGAUAAUGAUCUUGAUUGUCUUGAGGAAUCUAAGAAAAGAAAAAUUGGAAUAUGUGGCCCAAAGUUCCUCAGGCCUCUCUCAUAUUGCUUCCUAUGCAUUCUUCAUUCUUGCUGCAGAAUAUCUUUCUUCGUUUCUGAGUUCACAAGGAAAAAAAAAAUACUUAUUGCCAAAACGGAUCAUAUUCAUUAGUUCAAGAAAUUUCAGAAUCAGUUGGAAUAUACUAUUCCUAUGUCAGUUAUCCAGGGGAGCAUUCUCAUUGUCCCAGUUUGGUUUGGGUAAUCCAUUCUGGAAUAAUUGAUUAUGGUCCAAGAGUCAUAUGUUUGAUGGAUCACUGAACAGAGUGACUAAAUAGUCCUUACAGUACCCACAAAACAAGAAUUUCUAAAAUCAUGAGCAUAGUAUCCUUUCAUUGAACUUAUAAAAACUAUUA